CGGGCGCGGGGCCAGCCCGGCCCGGGACUCCCGGGCUCUACUUAAGCGGGCGUGGGCGCCGCGGGGCAGCAUCAUGACGCCGGGGCUGCUCCUGCUGCUGGCGGCCCUCCCGGCCCUCCCCGCCCUCCCCGGCCCGGCCGCGGGGCAGCGCCUGCUAGGGAGGGAUGGCGAGUGUCCCCCGCCCAGCCGGAUCCCCGUGGGACGCUGUGACAACUUCUGCUCCUCGGACGGGGACUGCCCGGGCAGCGGGCGCUGCUGCAGCACCGGCUGCGGACAGGAGUGCCGGCUGCCCAUCGGAGCCAAGAGGGGCUUCUGCCCGCAGGCCCCUGACGUGGUGAGCAUCUGCCUUGUGGAGUGCAGCAGUGACAGCCAGUGCCGAGGCAAUGGGAAGUGCUGCAGCAUAGGCUGCCACGUCCAGUGCGUACAGCCGGUGCCAGCCAAAUCAGGCGUCUGCCCCAAGAGAAAGGUGCUGCAGACCUUUGCCCCCUGCAACAACUCCUGCACCGAUGACACCGACUGUCCCGGCCGCAACAAGUGCUGCUUCACGGGCUGUGGCCUCGGCUGCCUGUCUCCGGACAAAGCUACCAUGGCCCCGCUCCCGCACACUGGCAGGCACCACUGGCUGGAUCCUGCUCCUUCCGACAGCCCUGUAUCCUCACCUCACAUCUGUCACCUCCCCCCCAUCCGUGGCCCAUGCAGGGGAUACUACCGUCGCUAUGUCUACAACCCUGCCACGGGGACCUGCCAACCCUUCAUCUACGGUGGCUGCCAGGGGAACCCCAACAACUUUGAAACGGUGGAGGAGUGCCAGAAGGUCUGCCAGCAACCAGGGAGAGCCAAGGAAUGACCCUGAGGAGGAGGUGCCAGCGGGGCCUGCCUCACACCCCCUGGGACCAGCAGCCUCGGAGCUGGGGUCUGUGGCAGUGCUGGCCGCAAUGCUCUGCCCCUCGCAAUAAAGUGCCAGGAUGCCUGGCUUGCAGCA